UUUUCUUUUAAUUUCUUUAUUCUUUUGUUCUCGUGAUACCUUUUCCUAAAAAAUAACAAAAAAACAACAUGAAAAGAGAUAUCCCUGUAGUUGAAGAUGUUGAAAUACCAUUAAGUUCUGCAGAACUCGAGGUACUCAAAAGACAAUUUAUCAAGGAAGGUGAAUAUGUUACUAUUCAAACCAAAUUUAACUAUGCUUGGGGAUUAGUCAGAUCAGCCAAUAAUAAUCAGGUGGAAAAAGGAAUUCAACUCCUUGUAGAAAUAUAUACUGAUGCACCUGAACGUCGAAGGGAAUGUCUUUACUUUUUAGCUUUGGCUCAUUACAAGAUAUCCAAUUACUCUGAAGCAAGAACUUAUAACCAAAAACUUUUAAAAUUAGAGCCAAAAAAUGUACAAGCAUUGGGGUUGGCUAAACAAAUUGACGAUAAGGUGUCUACAGAGGGAGCUAUUGGUUUAGCUAUUGUUAGUGGUGUAGUUGCUGUUGCAGCUGCAUUGGUGGCUGCCGUUGUCAAAAGAUCAAAAUAGUUUAUAGUUUAUAGUAUGCGGAAUAUGAAAUUGAAUAAAACACUCAAACAUUAUUUUUUUUUU